AUGAGGAGAUUGACCUGCUUGUCAAGUACCUCGGCCCGGCGUCAUGCAGAAAGCCUACGCAUUGCCAAUGCUAACGACCUGACUCGCGCCCGGGAUAAAAUCUGGAAUCGCCUAGAAGAGCGCUACGGUUCACCAGAACUUGUAGAACUAUCUCUUAGACAGAAACUCGCCGCUAUGUCCAAGAUACCGAACAAUGACCCCAAGCGGCUCUAUGAACUCACGGACCUUUUAGCUGAAAUCCAGUCCAUCAAGGACCAACACAGGUACAGAAACAUUAUGGCAUACUACGACUCCUCCGCAGGAGUGAACCCAGUGGUCACGAAGCUGCCUAACUAUCUACAGAACAAGUGGACUACACACGCAAGUAACUAUAAGAAACAAUCUGGGGUAAUAUACCCUCCCUUUAAUGUCUUUGUCGACUUUCUGACAGACCAAGCCAUAAAAGCUAAUGACCCUAGCUUCGAUUACUCGGUGAGACCAGAAAACAAGGUGGUAAAUGCCCCAGAGAAAAGAAAGAGCUGUAUAACAGCGUCAUAUCACCAGAAACCGGUCAUGGUCCAUAACACAGAAGUUGACCAGAAAGGAGUUGUACAGGUGCUGUGUCCCCUUCAUAAUACUUCCCACAGCCUGAACGAAUGUAAGGCCUUCCAAAAGAAGCCCAUAGAGGAAAGGAGGAAAUUCAUGAAAGCUAAAGGCGUGUGCUUUCGAUGCUGUGCAGUAAACCUUCAUAUUGCCAAGGACUGCACAGAGUCUUCAAUUACCUGUCAAAAAUGUCAAAGUACUGCACACUGCACCGCCCUGCACACACCAGGGUCGUAUGACGCAUCCAACAACACAUACAGAACAACUAUGAAAUCUACUAGUUCUGACAACGAAGUUCGGACUAAGUGUACGACUUUGAACUGCAAAGAAUUUUCUGGAAGAUCAUGCGCGAAGAUUGUGCUGAUAAAGGUCUACCGUAGUACCUUUCCCCGUAACUUCAAGUACGUUUAUGCUCUAAUUGAUGAUCAGAGUAACAAGUCCCUCGCAUCAUCGGAGUUCUUUGACGGAUUUGGGGAGAACGGCCCUGAAGUCGAAUACACCCUAACAUCCUGCGCAGGAACAUUCACUACUUCAGGUAGGAGAGCCGGAGGCUAUGUCGCUGAAUCUGUCGACGGCAACUCUAUCAUGGACCUUCCGCCUCUUAUUGAGUGCAACGAUAUACCAAACAACAGAGAAGGAAUCCCCCUACCCAAUAUCGCCAAGCACUACCCCCACUUGACUGACAUAGCUACGCUGAUUCCGCCUCUGUGCGACGAUGCCUCAAUCUGCAUUCUUAUUGGAAGGGACAUGGUUGAUGCCCAUAGGGUGCUGGAACAGCGCUUGGGCCCCAAGAACACGCCCUUUGCACAGAAACUUAGUCUGGGCUGGAUACUUAUUGGAGAACCAUGUGGGAGAGAUGCACAUUGGUCAGACAGGGUCAACGUCAACAAAACUCAACUGCUUCUCAACGGUCGUACAUCCGUUUUUGAUCCUUGCAGUAAUUACUUCAACACUAAAGAGGUGGCAUUGAAAGAGAACUGUCUGUUCGAAAGAACCAUCGAGGAUGACAAUCGAGGACUAUCGAUUGAAGACCACCAGUUUCUUGACAUUAUGGACAAGGAGAUGAUCCGAAACAAUAACGGGCACACUGGGAAGCUCCCCUUCCCUUGCGACCCCACCGUCAAGCGCUUCCUAAUAACAAGAAGGAUGCUAUGA